UAACCUAUUAGAUUUGAAAAGGAUUAAAUGAUGAAAAUUUAAUACUGAAUGAAUGAGAUAAUAAUGAAGUUUUCUUGGAUUCUUAUUUUUUUAAUCCCACGAAUAUGUUCAGCAUGGGAUUCAGAACAAUUGGAAAUUUUUGAUGUAGUUGAAGAAGUACAAGAAAAUUUUUAUAGCCUCCUGAAUGUUACCAACGAUGCUACUAAUGAUCAGAUAAAGUCAGCCUUCAGAAAACUUUCGCUAAAACUGCACCCUGACAAAAAUGUAGAUAGAGAUACUUCUGCUGAAUUUAGGAAUUUAGUGAGCGUUUAUGAUGUUUUGAAGACACCUUCGAAGAGAAAAUAUUAUGAUGAUAUAUUGAAGAAUGGUUUGCCCAAUUGGAGGAGUGCAGUUUAUUAUUAUCGAUAUGUUCGUAAAAUGGGAAUGACUGAAGUUUGCAUUAUUCUGUUUUUGAUUAUCUCAGUGGGACAGUACCUAGUGAACUGGGCAGCAUACUUUGAAAAAAAAUAUGAAUUGGAGCAAACUAGGAAAAAGAAAAGAAAAGAUAGGGAUAAAACUGAAAUCCUUGAGCUGGAAAAACCCACUAUUUAUGACACAUUACCAAUACAAAUACCUCGUUUGAUUUGGUUCAUUAUUACAUCUGUACCAAAUGCUAUAGUUGCUUUGAAAUUGAUGCUUUCAUAUCAAAUUCAAGAAACCAUAAAGAAGCCUCCACCAGAAGAGGUGCCUGUGGAAAUUCCAAAGAUUAAAACUGUCAGGAAGAGAAACAAAGGAUUUUCAAUUCCUGAAGGUCCUAAUUUUGAAACCACCUAUAAUCCAAAAACAUCUCAAGAUUCUGCAUCGAAUGCUCCUCCAAUCAGUGGGGGUCUCUGGACAGAUGAUGACUUAACAGAACUAAUCAAAUUGAUAAAAAAAUAUCCUGGUGGUUCAAGCAACCGCUGGGAUAUUAUAGCAGAGGCUCUUGGACGUUCAGUACCAGAAGUAACUUAUAUGGCUGCUAAAGUAAAAGAAAAUGGAUAUCGACUUCCAAACGAGGAAGAAAAAGUCUUAGAGCCUGUAGCUGUCAAGAUGAAGACCAAGAAAGAUAUACUUCUACCAGAAGAAACUAAAGAAGUACAGAGUUGGAAUCAAGAUCAACAAAAAGCAUUGGAAGAGGCUCUUCUCAGAUAUCCAAAAGGAUGUAAUGAUAGAUGGGAUAGGAUAGCAGAGCAUGUACCAAACAAGAAUAAAGAAGAGUGUAUCCUUAGAUUCCGCUUCUUAGCUGAGAACCUUAAGAAACAGAAAGAAAAACAGAAAGAAGAAGAUUCGGAGAAAAAGGAAGAAGACAUCAAGGAUUGACUGUGAAAAUUGUUUAUACCUAUUAAAGUAUUCCAUAUCAA